AUGCCGUCUCAAGUAGGGGACGAAGCAACUACGUUGGAAAGGAGGCCACCGCCCCGGACCUUCCCUCCCAUUCCAACUCCAAACGGAAUAAACGGAGACACACCUUUACGGCAACGACGAGAAUUGUCUAUGGAAGUUAAUGAGAAAUCUCUACAUCGAAUACCUCCACCUCCUAGCUCACAACCUCGUAGCAAGAGCAAUAAAGGACUAUGCAAUGUGCUGUUUUGGAUUAAGGCUUUUAUUGCUUUGACCUUAUCUAUGGCUGGCAUGGCAUUCCUUGCUUACUUGGUCUAUGCAAAGAGGGUAUCUGCUACAGCUCCCAAAAUUGUUAUUGAUCCUACAUCCGCUGCAUGCUCGGCUACAAACAGGACUGGUCUGGGAAGGCUGGAACCGCCUGCUGGAAAGAUUAUGUGGGGCUUUGCUGUCGAUUGGGCUGUCGACACACCACAAAACAUAUCAACUCGUAUGGCUGGCUUAAAACCAGCAGUCGUAGCCAUGUUUGCAACAAUGGAUGAAACCCAAUAUGGAGGAUCGGCAAUGUUGUAUUGGAUGGGUCAACAGGCUGCUCUCACUGGCUCUAUGCUCGAAGUCACUAUGGAACCUAUUGUGAAUAUGUCGCUCAUUCCUGACUCGACUCUGACUGCCCUUGCGAAAGAUUGUGCUUACAUUAAUUCACAAUAUGGUGUUCCUGUGCUGCUGCGUUUUGGUCAUGAGAUGAAUGGUGCAUGGACUAACUAUGGUCUGAAACCAACACAAUAUGUCACUGGAUUUAGGAGAAUGACCACUAUUAUGCGAAAGUACAGUAAUCUCACAGCCAUGCUUUGGGCACCUAAUGUGGGAAUAACAUAUCCCUUCUCUGCUACUGCAGCUCAACUACCUGCUGUUGGAUCAGUUGACUGGAAAUUGUUGGACACCAAUGCGGAUGGUGUGAUAAAUGAUGCUGACGACCCGUAUGGUCCAUAUUAUCCUGGCGAUGACUACGUUGAUUGGGUUGGACUCAGUUUAUACGUCUUCCAAGAAGGAACCACCAAUGUUGCAUUCCAGACUACGUACUUCUCUGAUUACAUGUUUGCCCAAGGCCCAACCAUUGAUGCUCUAGUAGACGCAAGAUACAACCAGACAAACCACGACUUUUACACACGCUUCGCAUCUGCAAAGAACAAGCCAAUGUGUUUCCCUGAAAGUGGGUCCCCAUAUCAUCCCGCAUAUGGAGGAGUUGAUGAGUUGACUCUGAAACAAGGCUGGUGGCGACAAGUGUACGCACCCACAACAUUGUCCAACUUCCCACUACUAAAGAUGGUGGUGAACUUUGAGGAAGAGAAGCUGAAUGAUAGGAGUAUCAUGUCAGAUUGGAGGCUUGCAUCGAAUCCAGCAGUUAUUGCUGCCUAUGUUGCGGAUCUGCAGUCGUAUACUAAUAGGUUGACUUAUGGAGGAACGUUUGGUAUCGAUUGUUCUGGAACUUUUGCUUUCCAAUAA